AAAUGUGUGGCGAUUAAAAAUGGCGUCUCUUUGAGUUGAGUUGUCCCUUUCGCACUUAAAUACGGCGGUUUAAUCUCAAUUUUAUGUUAUCAAACAAGCAUUUUUGCUGUUAUUAAUGCAGCAGUUAGUGAAGUGGUUAUAUUUAGUUUAAUUUCUUCCCAUUAAAACAUUAAUCUGCAGGAAAAAUGUUGUCAAAUGGGUGCGGCGUACCUCUGUUUACUAUAGUUACUUUUAUUUCCAAAUAUUUAAAUAGUAUCACGUCUCAGCGUAUUUUAUACGCGUUUUAGUGCAAUUACAUAGUGUAACAAAUAAAAAUGGACAAGAAAAACAAAAAGAAAACUGUGAUAAAGCGUAAAAGUGACGAGCCUGGGGAAAGUGAGAAGAAAAAAAUUAUGGUGAGCCGAGCGAAGACUGACGAGGAAAAGGACAAAGUGGAGGUUGUAAAUCAAGUUGUGGAGGUGCCUGUGGAGCAAGGGCAGCAGAUAGUGCAUACCGGGCAGCUGGUGGAAGGAAAUUUCGAGCAGCCCGUGUUCGUGAACAUGAAAGGAGAGCCUGUCCAACUGGGACCCAAUACAGUGAUUCUUUACGAACAAAGCGGUAAUCCCUCAAACUUUGCGUUUGGUGGAAUGUGGACAAUGGACUCUUCGGGCCGCAUUGUGAUGGCGGAAACCAUUUAUGAUGUUAAAGGGGAGCCGGAGGAGGAAGGAGCCACUUUUGUGCAGGGUACACCUGAAGUUAGUAAUCAACAAGUAGAGGAGCAGCCUAACACUUAUCAGCAGUAUGAGAUGAGCAACAACCAACAGACUGUGGAGACACCGCAGGAGUAUGAGGUGGCCAUCAUUGAGAACCCACCUACGGAGAAUGCUGAAAGCAGCUCUGAGCCGUCGGUGAUCACAACGGAGGAGCAGCUGGUGGCCACAGGCACCGGCGCCGUGCGCUGGCUCAACCAGAAGUAUGAUUUCGUUGUGAGGAAACUCCAGCUUAACUAUGAUGCCGGAGUGAAACUCCUCCACUCGCCAUCGGGCUGUAUCCAAUGCGUGUACCUCACAACUCCAAGCAUGCAGAUGGCCUUCAACGCUGUACCUCAGUUCCUCUGCAUUGAAACAGGCAUUGAGUUCAACAGCACCAUCCCAACAGUGGGCGGGACGGCCAGCCCCAGUGUGAAGCACAACGUCACCCUGUUCUUAGCUGAAGACGGGAACGGGAAGUCGGUCAUCGUCAGCGCAGGCAUAUCUGCGUUGAUCGGCGACGAUCUGACUUGGCUGCUCGACACUUUCAAGUCGUGCAACCCGGCCUGGCGACAAGUGCGGUGCGUCGUAGCGGACCCUACUAAAUGUCAGCAGUCCGUCCGCGCGGCGUUCCCCUCGUCGCACGUGACGUGCUCGGUGUGGCAGGCGGCGCGCGCGUGCGCCCGGCUCAGCGGGGAGUGGGCGCGGAGGGAGGACGCCUCGCUCGCGGCCGACGACGUCGCCGCCAGGACCAAGACCUACGCCCUGGCGCUGCUGCGCGGGGAGCACACACCGGCUCAGUUGCAGGUCCUGAAACGAGGUAUUAUCGGUACUGGAGCCGGCACCCUGCGCUUGUGGGAGUCGCUGACCCGACCGGGGGGGGCCGUGGCCAAGCUGGACUCCUGGCUGGAACCAGACAACUAUACUAACAUCCUGCACAAGGGCCUAGAGCGACUGGUGACGAAGUUCCUAACCCUGGUCCGCAGUCAGAUGCAGCCAGAUGAGUUUGUCUCUCUGUUCUUCAACGUGGCAAACCAGUUGGAAGACGAGCGACGAAGCUUCGCAGUCAGCAGACUCCGGGAUACGGAGACGCUGAAGCAGUCACCCACGGACACCAUCACGCAGUACGCGUACAACCUGAUGUCGCACCAGACCAAGAUCGCGCAGAAGUGUCUCGACGACCGGGCUGGAAGAAGACACAGCAGUGUGGCCAUCUGCAAGUACGGCACGUCCACCCAGGAGUGCUCCUGCCUCUUCAGCAAGGUGUUCCGGCUGCCCUGCCGCCAUAUCCUCAUGUUGACCACCGAGUUGAAGGUGAAGACACAUAUUCCGUUCGAGCCGCGCUGGACGGUGCAGCACUGCCUGUUCGGCUGCGAGAGCGCCGCGCCGCAACCCGCAGCGGGCGGUAACUACAUGGAGCAGGUGGUGGUGGAGGCCGACGCGACGCACCGGCAGCCCGUGCAGCAGCAGCAGAUACACCAGGUAGGCGGCGUGCGGCAGCAGUACGUGCUGGCGGCGCCGGGCGGCCAGCAGGCGAACCAGCAGGUGCAGCAGGUGAUAUUCUGCGGCGGCGGCGUGGCCGUGAGCGCGGCGUCGCCCGCCAUCACGUCGACGCUCCCGCUCGCGCAGGCCGUGCUCGCGCCCGCGCCGCACCAGCUGCACCAGUAACACACACACACACACACACACACACAACACACAACUACACUACCUUAACACUAACAACACCGAAACGAGACACUGACAUAAAAAAGCAAACGUCAUUCUUUACAAUUUACAAUUACAAUAACAACACCGAAACGAGACACCGACAUAAAAAAGCAAACGUCAUUCUUUACAAUUUAAUAAUUCUUACACAAAUUGACUAAGUCCCACGGUAAGCUCAAGAAGGCUUGUGUUGCGGGUACUCACAACGAUAUAUAUAAUAUACAAAUACUUAAAUACAUAGAAAACAUCCAUGACUCAGGAACAAAUAUCUGUGCUCAUCAAACAAAUAAAUGCCCAUACCGGGAUUCGAACCCGGGACCAUCCGCUUCACAAGCAGGGUCACUACCCACUAGGGCACACCGGUUGUCAAUUUCUUUGACACAGUUCGGAGAAAAACACUAUGUAAUAAUCAUAUUGAUUACGAUAGGCUGCAGAACGAACCGAAAUGUGUGUCCAGCCGCUUAACUACUACACUCCACCCGUAACGACACACCGGGUAAGGCUGAGAACAGUGAGAACGCAUUGCGAUUAUUUUUUUGCGGUUCUCGAACCGCUAAAAGUGUAACAUAGGGCAUGCUUCAUAAGCGCACGCACUUAAAAGACUGAAACCGCAAGAAAUUAAUCGCAACUACGUUCUAAGCCUUAUAAUUUUUUCACCACCCCACCUGGUAAAGACUCUUGAUUGUUCAAAAACUGAUAAGAAAGUUGCAUUUUAUCCACAUGUGAGGCAAAGCAAUCAAAUGCAAAUUUUUAUUUAUUUCCUUAUGUUAACUAAUAGAAUUGACUUUUAAAUAAUGGUUUGAAUGAUAAAUAUUUAAUAAUGUUCAUUUGUAUUUGAUUUUGUUUAAUAUUUAACGGUUAGUAUUUUCCUGGCAUUGGUGUGGUGAAAAAUUUCGUGUUUCACUUGGUGGCAAAAUUUGUUUAACCUCCGUGCCUUGUAACCUUCGCAACACUCAAUAUACCACUUUUCGAACCACUCGCUACACUUUUGAGUACAUUUUGUAAUCUUUCGCUUGCUCGGGUAUCAAUAUAGCAACAACAACAACAACAACCUAAGUUGUCGGUUAAACAACAACUUUGCCCCCUUGUAAUACAAAUAACCAUUAUUCUCGUAAGGCCCAAAUGUGCAAAAUAUUAUAAUUUACACUUCAGUUUCAAUCCUAAAUAUUAUAAUUAGAAAAUUUUAUAAACCAAAUAAAGUAGCAUUUCUAUAUUUCCAUUGCUUUCUCAAACAAGCGAAAUUCAUCCCAAUUUACUAUAUGACAAGAUUCAAAUUUUGUAUGGCGAGCCUUACGAGGUUAAAGUAAAACACCCUGACACACCUCUUGCAACAAAAACUUCGUCUUGAUUUUCGCUUUAACUAGUUACUUUAAAAAGACAUUGCUUCUAUGGUGACAAAUCUUGUUUACUCUAAAACCAAACUUAUUUUCUCGACAAAUAACAGAAACAGGUAAUAAUAUAUUGCCACAACAAACACACAUUCAAAAAUAAAUCCAAUGAAGAUACAAUUCCAUAAAAUAAUUUAAAAUUUUACAAACAUUCUGGUACUAAAUAUACUAUAAAUUCAGUACUUUUCAUUAGGGAAUGCAAACCGGUUUUUAUUUGUAUGAAAUUUCGGUUAAUAACCGGUUUUUUCCAUUCAAUUAAAAACCGGUUUGUAUUCCCUACUUUUCAUACCAUGGAACAUUACGGCGCAACGCAUUAACACAUUCAGUGCCAGCGCGAGCUACGCGCUACACUAACAUACACAACACUACACACACACAGCACACACCUAGACACACACAUAGAUAACACUGAGAAAAACCGCAUGUAGCGAAAAACGCCUACGAGUACGAACCCGCCUAGCGGGUCACUGGCAGUGAAUGUGUUAAAUAUUUCUUCACACAUAUUAAAUGUCUGUAAUUUCCAAAAAAGUUCCAAUACUAAACAUUUCUAUACUGAAAACUCUUUGCAACUUGCGAUAGCUAUUCACGCUCUAAUACUUUAGACAUAAAGACUUGUAUGCGCUCGUGACACGUAAGAAUUAGGCUACUAGAAAUAAGAUUUGUAAAUAAUUUAGUAAACAAAUGUACACCAAGACAUGUUAUGUUUAUUUCAUACGCAACAAAUUAGUCGUAAUGUUUUAUUUUCAAAAAUCUUGCAAUAUUUUUUUUGACAUGUAGCACAAUAAUGGGUGAAUAUAAAAAUACCUUUUGACAGCCACGACUAUUUUAAAAUAUACCACGCACUAGUAAACAUUACUAGAAUAUUAAGGUUCAUUUUCAACAUUUGUGACGUUUUCAACCAAAAGGUACCACAUUGUCGCUGGUCGAUUAGGUUGAUUUUGAAAUAAAGCUAUAUGGAAAUAGCGCCUUAUUGACAACCGACAAUAAGUACCCUUUUGGUUGAAAAUGGCACAUUUGUUGGCUAUCUGUGGCGUUUAAAGGGUUAUGGGGUUGAAACUGCGAGGGCACCGCUCAGUGUACCAAGCACAAUUAACGGACUGAUUAACAUAACUUAGCAGAAAAUAAUAAAGGGCACUCAAUAAGAAAUAUAGCAAACGUAACCUCCUUUUAACCCCAUUUUGAUUUAUUCUUAUGUAACUUUAAAAAAUCAUGAUUUCUUUUAAAAUUUUCUCAGUUCAGCUAACAUAUCUUUAUCCUUUUUACCGCUGUAGCUGUAUUAACACUUAUCCAGGCCGCACUAUUCGCACUAAUCUAUAAGGUUUCCAAAAAAACCAAUAAAUCCAACGUUGAUAAUUAAUUUGAAGACGUCACAUUUAUCAAAAUUGCAAUCUAAUUUGAACCUUAAAUCGGAAUGUUAAAGUUGAUAUUCUAUUGAAAUUUAAUUUUAUUUGGAAGGCCACUAAAAACUAAACAGAUGGCGCUCUCGACAGUGUGUACAUUAUUUUAUAUGAUGACAGCUGGUCAAAGGCAAUCAUAGUACAGAUGUAAGUAGUGCAUAAUUGUUUUCCAUCGUAUUUUCACGGAAACGUUGACUGAAGUAGCAUGACAAAUACGAACGUUUCCGAGAAAAUACGAAGGAAAACAAUUAUACACUACAUGUGUAUUACAUUUUUUUUAUAUGAAAUUUGACAGCUGGUCAAAGCAACUCGUAGAGGUACUUUGUAUGGAAUUUCUUCAUACAGAUAACAUUCUCUUUUUAUAUAAAAUUUGCUACUUGACAUAGCGGUAAAAAGAUUAAGACUUGUUAUUACGAAUAUUAACUAAUGGUAAUCGGUGGUGUAAUACAUCUUAUAAGUGUAACUUAUUAUACAUUACAUAAUACUAGGUUAUUACUUGAUGUAUUUUAUAAAUAUUGUAUGAAUAAACGAUUUGGAGAAGUA